ACCAAAUUGAGGCUGCUACCUUCAGUAUGUGCUAGAGGGCAGAGCCACUUGCAGAUCGGGUGCUGCUGUGAUUUGGGUGCCAGAGUAAAUCACUUGGCAGCAGGUUGUUGUGCUCAGGGCUGUGGGAGAAGCUGUGUGCAUCACAAAGGUGGAAUAAGUGACUCCAUUUAAGUCCUGACAUAAAUGUAACUUGAUCCUAGGAGUGCCACUUGCACAUGCUGCAUCUGAGGGACAGUAAAUGACAGUGUAAGAUGGCACUUUUGCCUGGGGUUGUGUAACGGCAGUGGUUGCUUUCUGUUUGCAAACGUAUGUGGAGACUCCCAGAGUUGGGUGUAAUUCAACAUAUUGACUGGAAAGAGGGAGUUUAGUGAAGUGCACUGUGGCUGGAAAAUGACUGGCUGCUUGAUUUCUUUUCAGAUAAAAUAUGUGACCAGAUCAGUGAUGCUGUCCUUGAUGCCCACCUUAAACAAGAUCCAGAUGCCAAAGUUGCUUGCGAAACUGUUGCAAAGACAGGGAUGAUCCUUCUAGCUGGCGAGAUCACAUCUAGAGCUUCUGUUGACUACCAGAAAGUUGUGCGUGACACAAUCAGACAUGUUGGUUAUGAUGAUUCUUCUAAAGGGUUUGAUUACAAGACUUGCAACGUGCUGGUAGCCUUGGAGCAGCAGUCCCCUGAUAUUGCCCAGGGAGUCCAUCUGGACAGGAAUGAAGAGGAUAUUGGUGCUGGGGACCAGGGCCUGAUGUUCGGUUAUGCUACUGAUGAGACUGAAGAGUGCAUGCCCCUGACCAUUGUCCUAGCGCACAAACUGAAUGCCAAGCUGGCAGAGCUGCGGCGCAAUGGCACCCUGCCCUGGCUACGGCCUGACUCUAAAACUCAGGUGACUGUGCAAUACAUGCAGGACCAUGGCGCUGUCAUCCCUAUCAGGGUCCACACGAUUGUCAUAUCUGUGCAGCACGAUGAAGAUGUCUGCUUGGACGAGAUGAGAGACGCCCUGAAGGAGAAAGUGAUUAAAGCUGUUGUGCCUGCAAAGUACCUGGAUGAGGAUACAAUCUACCACCUGCAGCCAAGUGGCCGCUUUGUCAUCGGUGGGCCCCAGGGAGAUGCUGGCUUGACUGGCCGGAAGAUCAUCGUUGACACCUAUGGUGGCUGGGGUGCUCAUGGAGGAGGUGCCUUCUCGGGGAAAGAUUACACCAAGGUGGACCGUUCCGCUGCUUAUGCUGCUCGUUGGGUAGCCAAGUCCCUUGUCAAGGCUGGUCUGUGCAGGAGAGUGCUUGUCCAGGUGUCCUACGCAAUUGGAGUGUCCCACCCACUGUCCAUCUCCAUUUUCCAUUACGGCACUUCUCCGAAGAGUGAGCGGGAGCUGCUGGAUAUUGUGAAGAAGAACUUUGACCUGCGCCCUGGGGUUAUUGUCAGGGAUCUGGAUCUGAAGAAGCCCAUUUAUCAGAGGACUGCAGCCUAUGGCCACUUUGGUAGGGACAGCUUUCCUUGGGAAGUGCCCAAAAAGCUAAAGUAUUGAGUGUUAGGCUUUUCUCCCCAGACCUGUUGGCGUAGGCUACAGAGAAGCUUUCAGGCUCUGGGGGAAAGAGCCCCUCUUCCCUCACAUCCUGUCCUCCUGCUCAGCUCUUACUCAGCAAACCUCGUCCAUUGUCAUGGGGACCAUGAGUUAGACCUACCCUCCUAGUUCUGGCCCGUGCUCCUUUAGUGGAACUGGUUGAGCACAGGCUACCUGUGUAAUGGCCCAGAAACAAGCAGGCAGCAGCCUGUUGCAUAAACGAUGCUCUAAGAUUGGCUCCAUUAUGCCCGAGAACCCAGCCCGAAAGCCUAAACUGCAGUGAGUCCCCUUCAGAUGCUGACUGAGAAAUUGUCCUUGUACCGUGCACGUGGGGUCUGCUUCACCAUGGCCUCUGUCCAGCCCGCCAAGCAGCAUGAUUUGUGGUGUCUAGAAUGUAGAGCCUCCUAGUGCCUGUAACACGCUCAGUCUGACUGUAGCUUUAGCCUGGGAGCGCUUCCCCCUAGCAGACCAGCCUUGCAUGCAACAAGUUCCACUUGGAGCUCCAGCCUGCUGCAGUUUUUAUUCAAAGGCAGUUCUUUACCCAUUUGUGGCGCUUUACGCUCUUAUUCCCUCUGGAGCUGCACCAGAUUUUAACCUCUCCGCUUUCAGCUGUCUCUUGGGAGGACGUACGUAAUAAGGUUUUUUAAAAAAGAAUCAAUCCUAUGCAUGGUUUCAGCACUAGCCAAACCUCACCAUCCCCUGUCAACGGGCACUUGGCAGCCAGGGGAUGUAUUACAGAGAAGUCCCCAGGCAGUACCCGAGGUCUGUAGGCUGCACACUUUGGUACCAGAGUAAUUUUUUUCUUUAUAAGAAAGCUGGAGAAUUCCACACUGCACAGAACUCCUCCUGGGUUUUUAAACUUUGUUUUAUUUUCAAAGCCAGGUCCAAUUUGUGCUCUGGACAGUUGGUGUCGCUACAGAGAAACCAGCUUCCUUCAGAGCCACAGGUGCAUUUGGAGGGGAGGAGAGGUGGCAAAAAUAACCCUUCAUACUUGAACAUUUUUCUAAUUGCUUAUUUAUUGUGCUCUGGGGCAGGGUGUGAGUACAGAGAAGCCCUGGGCUCAGAUGGCAGCUUUUUAACACAUUUUUUGACACCAUGAUUCUUUGCCAUGUUUCCAGCAUUCCCUGAUAGGCCAAGGUGUCCUACAGAAAAACCUUGGGUCACACCUACAGGGGGUCUGGCUGGUGUGAACGAAAUGGAGAGGGCGAAGCUAGGGCAACUGGCCAUGGGAGAGGCUGAUUUGGCUGGUGUUGUACAGAGAAGCCAGCUUGUUUACAUGCUUUUCCCAGGGUCUCUUCCCUGAGUGGAAAGUGCCUUUCGUGAUCUAUUUUUCUGGAGGUUUAUUACGUAUGUCUGGUUCUUCACAUCCCACCAAUUAACUGAAGAUCUGAAUAAAGUGCUAGGUUCUACCUGAACA